CGGCCCCGCCCUGCUACCCCUCCUGACUCACUGCCCCGCCCGCUCCCCCGCGGCGUCCGAGCAGCAGACCGAGAAGGCACAUCGAGUCCACUCGUCGCGUCGGUGGCAGGACUCCUGAAUAUAUUCCAAAACUGAACAAUUUCAACUGAGCUGAAGUACUCUGUUUUUCUAGAGGUACCAGUUCAGUUUAGGAGAGUCACAGCAGAUCAUCAGCCAUCAUGGCGAACCUUAGCUACUGGCUGCUGGCACUCUUUGUGGCUAUGUGGACUGAUGUUGGCCUCUGCAAGAAGCGGCCAAAGCCUGGAGGGUGGAACACUGGCGGAAGCCGAUACCCUGGGCAGGGCAGCCCUGGAGGCAACCGUUACCCACCUCAGGGUGGCGGCACAUGGGGGCAACCCCAUGGUGGUGGCUGGGGACAGCCCCAUGGUGGUGGCUGGGGACAGCCCCAUGGUGGUGGCUGGGGUCAGCCCCAUGGUGGUGGCUGGGGUCAAGGAGGUGGCACCCACAAUCAGUGGAACAAGCCCAGUAAGCCAAAAACCAACAUGAAGCACAUGGCCGGCGCUGCUGCGGCAGGGGCCGUGGUGGGGGGCCUUGGUGGCUACAUGCUGGGGAGUGCCAUGAGCAGGCCCAUGAUGCAUUUUGGCAAUGACUGGGAGGACCGCUACUACCGUGAAAACAUGAACCGCUACCCUAACCAAGUGUAUUACCGGCCAGUGGACCAGUACAACAACCAGAACAACUUUGUGCACGAUUGUGUCAACAUCACCAUCAAGCAGCACACAGUCACCACCACCACCAAGGGGGAGAACUUCACGGAGACCGACAUCAAGAUAAUGGAGCGCGUGGUGGAGCAGAUGUGUACCACCCAGUAUCAGAAGGAGUCCCAGGCCUACUACGAUGGAAGAAGGUCCAGCGCGGUGCUGUUCUCCUCCCCUCCUGUGAUCCUCCUCAUUUCCUUUCUCAUCUUCCUGAUGGUGGGAUGAAGGAAGCCUCCCUGCUUGUACUUCCUCGUUCUUGUGGUCUAGGCUGGGGGAGGGGUUAUCCACCGUAGCUCUUUUAAUUGAGGUGGUGUCUCAUUCCUGCUUCUCUUUGUCCCCCAUAGGCUAAUGCCCUUGGCACUAGUGGGCCCUGGGAAUGUACAGUAGACCAGAUGCUAUUCGAUCCAGAGCCUUUGAAUUGAGUCCAUCACGGGCCAGCACUAACACCAGGCCUAUCUGAAUAUAACAGCAAGUAAUGGCUGGCUAGUCAGGGCUUUGUUUUGGUCUAGUGAGUAAAUACUGAUGUGACCCUCUGACUUCCACACAGAGUACGCAGUGACAGACACACCUAACUGUUAAAAUAGGCGAAGGGUUCUACAGCCAAAGAAGUCACUGUUUGGCAUGGUCCCUAAGAAACAGCCUCCCAUUUGGGAUAUUUAAAGCAUCCAUAUGAGGCAUUCCUCCUUCACUAACAAACUCUAGCUGAGUAAGGCAACGGGAAAAAAACAAAAUUACCCUACUAACAUGGAAAGCAAACCUGUGUUCAUUUCCUAGGAACUAGAAUGAUGUUUUAGCCUUGCUUGGAUUGAACCAGGAGAUUUUGGCUCUGAAGAGCCAACACUGUAAAAAUGUGGUCCUCCUGCAAAGGGAGAGAUGGUUAGGACACAAAGUCACGGCGCUUGGCGUUUCUUCAUUUCUGUCUCAUAAUUGUCAAAAGUCACAAUUAGGUCAUGCCCUUAGUUAAUAUACUUGUAUUUGAAUCGGACGACAAGAGACAAUCUAAAAAUUCUCCUAGGUUGUAGAUGAAAUAGGCUCCAUUCAAGGUGAAAAGACAGUUUGUUAGCGUUGCUUAUGUAAGGCAAACUUUGUUCCUUAAGUUGCUCCGUGUUUCCCUGAGCAGACAUAACCACUCUGCAACAGCAUUGCCCUGCUGUAGAAUAUAUAAAGUGUAACUACAAGCUUAGACCUUCUGUUCUGAUGCAUCCGAAGUACGUAAUGCACUGACCAUUUCACCCGGUAUCAGAUGUUUUCUGUGUGGCCCCUAGCUUUCCUUCAACAUGCAUUCGGUUCCAUAUAUGAAUCCAAAGUGGACCCCCUAACUGGUCUCUGAAAUCUGCAUGUACUUCACAUUUUCUAUAUUUGUAACUUUGCAUGUCCUUGUUUUGUCAUAUAAAAAGUUUAUAAAUGUUUGCUAUCUGACUGACAUUAAAUAGGAGCUAUGAUGAGCA